GCGUUUGGCGGCAUGGAGUGAGCUGGAAGCUCAGUGUGUCUUUCCAAGUUCCAGCAUUCAAGUGUUAGGCCGAGCGCCACUUUCUCGCUCUCCGAUAAAUAUCUUGCACAGCGGAUUAUCUUCAAUUUCGUGUGGAUUUACGUUUAUUAAACUGACUUUAAAUAAUAAAAAAUACGGUGAUUUUAUUAGCUAUAAACGGAUUUAAAAUGAAAACAAUAGAGUUUUAUAAGGAUAAACACAGUCUGGAGAUAGUUUAAAUGUUGUUCACUUAUAUAAAUUUUCUGCUGGAGGGAGUGAUUAGUAUACAAAUAACAAAUUAAUUCAAAUUAAGUGAUUAACGUAUAAAUAAUAACAGAAUAUAUCAACAUGAAUUAAAGUGACCAUCCUCAAAAAAACCUACCUUUCUCCGACCAAAGAAAGAAAAAAAAGGUGAAAGUAGAAAGAAACGAAAAAGGAAAAAAAAAAUUAACAACUCUGCCAAGGUGAUCCGGGGCUUACGCAAAGAGAGGAACGGGUCUCAGACUGACGUGAAAGUCCGAAAAAGACCUCAAGAAAGCCCCGAAACUGUCGGAAAGCCUCCCUCUUCCUCUGCAAUUCCUCCAACAUGAAGUUCUUCUUCAGGAAGAAAGGGAAGGAGACGAAAACGUACGCUGAUAAGCUGCCCUGGGUAAUUAUACAGAACGAUCUGCUUGAGGCCCGCCUAUGGACCGUCGGCAUCAGCAGAAGCAGGGGCAGCAGCAGAGGAAGCAGCCGAAGUAGCAGCCCGAUCCCGGGCCUCCACGAAGGGCACAGCACCGGCAGUAGCAGCAGCGGGUGGUGCGACAGAUGCGGCCGCUGUGGGUGGUGCGGGCGCCUCUGCGUCGUCAGACUUGCCCAGCUCACUCUCCUCCUGACCCUCGUAACCGGAGCGAGCCACAUCUUGCUGGCGACGCUCACCACCAGGAGACCGCCCACGCCCACCACGUCUCCCUCGCGCCCGUCGGUGUCUUCGUUAACCUUGGCGGAGCUGCCCCACCCGCCGCCCAGCACCCUCCUGGACCUAAAGGACUUCCGGUACACCCGCGAUGCGGUGGGAUCCUGCAGUCCUUCCCGCCUCUAUUUCUUGUUUUUGGUCCAUUCCCGCCCCGACCACUUCCGCCAGAGGCAAGCCAUCAGAGCCACCUGGGGAGGGUACAGGACCCUGGAGGAUGGGUGGGUCACCCGGACCAUCUUCAUGCUGGGGGAGGGGAGUGGAGGGGGAGGAGAAGGAACAGGUCAGAAGGAAGACAAGAACCAACCGGGAGGACUCGACGUCGGAGGCCUGGUCGAGCAGGAGGCCGAUCGCCACGGGGACCUCGUCGUUGGUAACUUCCACGACCACUACCACAACCUGACCUACAAGCACGUCAUGGCCCUCAAGUGGGCGGCCACCAAGUGCCCCCAUGCCAACUACGUCGUCAAGGCUGACGACGACGCUUUCAUCGACGUCCCAGGACUCAAGUCGCUCUUAGAGAGAACCUUCGGGGCGGAUACCCCGCCUCCGCCGCGGAUGCUGGCUUGCAACGUCCUGCCGGCGGGCACGGAGCCCCAGAGGGAAGGGAAGUGGGCUGUCAGUACCCGGGACUACCCUUGGGACGAGUACCCGAGAUACUGCGCGGGGCUGGCUUACGUAGCGACGCCGGACACCGUCCAGCAACUCUACAGGGCGGCACAUUCGGACGUGUCUCCGAGGAUCUGGGUGGACGACGUUUGGGUCACGGGGCUCCUGGCGGAGUCGCUGCAGCUCCAGCCCCACUACCUCAACCUGAGGUAUUCCUACGACCACAACGAGAUGGUCCAGUGGGCGCAGAAGGCGAAGGGGAGACCGAAGGCCCCUCCUCCGUAUACUUUCGCUCAUCUCGAUCCCGCCUGCCCGGACUGGAGGACGACGCUGCAGGAGUUGUGGCAGCAUGCCACCAACGGUCACGCCCUCGACAUCGGAGCGAACCCCAAGGAGGGGGAACCCGCGUCUUCGUCGCCUUCUUCAGGAGGCAAUGAGAGAUGACAAUAAUUCAUUUUAAUUUCUUGUAUUGCGCUGAUGGUUGAAAAUCAAAAAUUCAGUUGAGAGAGAGAGAGAGAGAGAGAGAGAGAGAGAGAGAGAGAGAGAGAGAGCUUGCAGCAUUUAUAGCUUUAUUAACGCCAUAUAGUCCGCGAUUGUACAGUGUAUGUAAUAAAGAAAAUGAAAAGUCUAUUUUUAUAUAAAUAAAAAAAUAAUGAAUGAGUAUAUAUCAUAUAUACAUCAUAGUCUUGACGUUGUAACAUCACUCAUACCAAUCACUCAUCAUUACCAUUAUCAUCAUACAUAACAUUUACCGAACAAUUCCGAAGAUAUAAAAUCACUUAUAAAAGUAUAUUCUGUGAAUAAAAGGAUAUAUAUUUUCUUUCAUAAAAUCUACGUUUAGGAAAGAAACAAUUUCUGUUCACGCUAACAUAAACCUGGAAAGGUCGAAAUUUUUUCUCUCAAACGAGAAAAGGUCACUCUGAUAAAAUGAUUCUUACACUGAGGAGACGCACACAAUAAAGAACAGACGAAUACCCUCCCCCUCCCCCCAACCCUCCCUUUAGCCCCAAACCAGGGGGAGGGGCUAGUAGAUCCUGUUUAAAGAUAUUCACGACAACGCUGCUGCCAAUACGCUUAAAUAAACGUCAGGAAUCUUUUAUGAACGCGCCGAAGAGAACAGAACAGAGCGUUCGUUCACAACCGAACAAAGGAAAGCGCCUGUGACUCAUCCAGCCCCCGGGACGCCCGCCCGGGGGCCCAGUCUCCGACGCCCGGAAUAUAUCCGAGAAUGAGAAGCAUUACAAAGCUUCCAAAGGCCGAGUGAUACCCGAGAAUGAGAAGCAUUACAAUGGUUCCAGGUCGAGUGAACUUUUCAUCCUUUUCCGUGAGUCUUGCUAUUUCUUUUCCUUCUUCUUUUUCUAUUUCUUCUUCUUCGUCUUCCCCAAAGGCUCACCCACGAGUGGAGCUGAAUAACGCAAUAAAAUGGCCGAUAAAAACGAGACCACGGUACAAAUUUAACGUCAAUGACAUUUCAAUAGAGAUUAGGAAAAAUACGUUCGGUUUUUGUCUCGACUUUCUUGUAUACAAGAAUUAAAUGUUUUUUAAUUAUCCUUCUGCGUGAUUAAUUCUCCGGGUUUCUCUCGCCAGACACUGAGUAUGAAUAUAUGUAUGAAUGUAUAUAUGUAUGAUUAAAUUAAUGCAUGUACGUAUGUAUGAAUAAAUGAAGUAUGUAUGUCUGUAUGUAUGCACGUGACAACUAUUUCAAAUGGUUAGAGCUCUCUAAAUCUUACAAUUAAAACAUCAUCAAGAGAGAGAGAGCGAGAGAGAGAGAGUGAGAGAGAGAGGUGGGGGGGGGGUACGUACAGUUUUAUUUUAUCAACGAUAACAAGUUCUAAGAAGAAAAGAUUGAACCAUGACGUGAUAAACACUCUAGUAAUUGCACGGAUCGAGGAAGGGAGAGAGAGAGAGAGAGAGAGAGAGAGAGAGAGAGAGAGAGAGAUAAUCAACGCCCUUCACAUGGGCUAUGAGAUACGAGUUGCACAAGAAAGCUUAGGGGGAGAAAAUGAGAGAAUGAAGAAAGCGAGCGAAAGACGGAAAAGAAAGCAAGAUUUUAUUUUAAGGAGGUGAACAGAAAAAGAAAGGAGGAAAUGAGGGAAAAUAGUAAAGUGGGAAAAGUAAGAGGAAGAGAUAAAUAAAGGAUGAAAAGACGAGAGGAGAUGAUAAGUAAAAAAUUGGAAGACGACGAAUAUUGCAAAACUGAGAGAGAGAGAGAGAGAGAGAGAGAGAGAGAGAGAGAGAGAGAGAAUUACAAGGAUUAGGAUGUCUCAAAGACUUGUCAGUCCAUCCUAGAGAGAGAGGGGGAGUCGGGGGGAACCAUCUACAAUAAAAUGACUAAAGUGGGGAAAAAUCGAGAACGAGAGAAUAAUGAUAUAACCAAUCAAUACCAUGACGAAAAUAUAUGUUUUGUUUUACACAUAAACACACAUAAUAUAUGUGUGGGAGCACAAGCGCGCGCAAGUCGUUAAAAACAGGAACGACCACUCCUUUAUUCCUCUUAACAAAAAAGAAACCUUCAGAGGAUAAAAAAAAAUCCUUUAAAGGAAAAAAAAAUCCUUAAAAGCAACCAGAUCUUUUUUUUUUUUUUUUUUUGUAUAUCCUGUAAAGCGCAGAAACUCGUUAUAAUCUGUCAUGAAUAUUACGUCAUGAUUUUCAUCACCCCCCCCCCAACCAACAACCGCUUUACCCCUUACACCAACACCCUUCCCUCCCAACGGCCAUAAUGAUUAUCACCAUUAUCAUCAUCAUCAUCAUCAUCACAACGAAGGCAAUACGUCAAAGGCAUCAUACUAAAACUGCUUGAUGAAUCUCACUCGACGGUCGUUCAAUUCAACUUCUGUUGGGACAAGCUUUGAAGAUAAACAUUUUACGUAGUUAUUUUUUCACUUUUAAAAACCAAAUUUCGCGUUUAAAAUGUUAGAUACGCGAGGAAAUAUGAAGUCUAUAAGUCUACCAUCAAAAUUAUGAUCUAGUAAGCUUUAAAAAAACUAGAUUCCCAGUACCUUCAAAUUAUUCGUCAUUAACUUGGUUCAGCAGAGCGUUGCCGGAUGUCGCUACUAAUCUGUGAUAUGUUUGUAUAUAAUAUAAAAUUAUUUUACUUACUGUCAAAAAAAUUAAAUAUAAAAUCUACAAA